AUGCGUUUCUCUGCCAUCACCGCAGCUGGGCUGCUCGCGCUUCCCGGGGCUAGCGCCAAUCUCCACGAGCUUGCCGUAGCUGCCGGCAAGAAAUACUUCGGCUCCGCAACAGACAACGGGGAGCUCACUGACACCGCCUACGUCAACAUCCUCAAGAACAACAAGAUGUUUGGCCAGAUUACACCAGGGAAUGGCCAGAAGUGGCAGUUCACCGAGCCGAGCCAAGGCUCCUUCUCAUACACCGGCGGCGACCAGAUCACAGAGUUCGCCAAGAACAACGGCCAGAUCGUCCGCUGCCACACCCUCGUGUGGCACUCUCAGCUUCCGGACUGGGUCUCUUCGGGCACCUGGACCAAGGAACAGCUGACCAGCAUCAUUGAUACGCACAUCUCCAACGUCGCCGGCCAUUACAAGGGCCAGUGCUACGCCUGGGACGUCGUCAACGAAGCCCUCGAAGAGGACGGCACGUACCGUGACAGCGUCUUUCACAAGGUCCUCGGCACCGAUUUCAUACCCAUUUCGUUCAAGGCCGCCGCCGCAGCCGACGCGGACGCCAAGCUUUACUACAACGAUUACAACAUCGAGCUACCCGGUGGCAAGCAGAAGGAGGUUCUCAAUAUCAUCAAGAACAUCAAGGCCGCAGGCGCCCGUAUUGACGGCCUCGGCCUUCAAGCCCAUCUCAUCGUCGGUAGCGCCGGCUCCCGCUCAGAUCUGAGAUCCGUCCUCCAGUCCUACGUUGACGCCGGUGUCACCGAGGUCGCCUACACCGAGCUCGACAUCCGCCACUCCUCCGUCCCCGCCAACGCCGCCGCCCAACAGCAGCAGGCCCAGGACUAUGUCAACGUCGUCGGUGCCUGCUUGGACGUCGCCGAGUGUGUCGGUAUCACCAUCUGGGACUACACCGACAAGUAUUCCUGGAUCCCAUCCGUUUUCCCGGGCACCGGCGAAGCCCUCCCCUGGGACAAGGACCUCAACCCUAAGCCCGCGUACACCAGCAUCUCCAGUCUUCUCGCUGCCGCUGCUACGUCUGCUCCUGUUGCUUCCGCUUCAUCUGUCGCAGAUGGCACUUUGCCCGUCGCCCCAGCAACGACAACCGAGGCUACUGCCCCUGGUAGUGCCGCCCGUUGGGCUCAGUGCGGAGGGAUUGGAUUCACUGGUGCUAGUAACUGCGAGAGUAACCUUGUCUGUGAGAGGAUUAAUGAGUAUUACAGCCAGUGUGUUUAA